CCGGCCGCGCCAUGGUGGACUCCGUGGGCUUCGCCGAGGCGUGGAGGGCGCAGUUCCCGGACUCGGAGCCGCCGCGCAUGGAGCUGCGCUCGGUGGGUGACAUCGAGCAGGAGCUGGAGCGCUGCAAGGCCUCCAUUAGGCGCUUGGAGCAGGAGGUGAACCAGGAACGCUUCCGCAUGAUCUACCUGCAGACGCUGCUGGCCAAGGAGAAGAAGAGCUACGACCGGCAGCGCUGGGGCUUCCGCCGCGCCGCGCAGCCCCCGGACGGUGCCGCCGAGCCGCGAGCGGCCGCCCCGCGCCCGCCGCCCGCUCCCGCCGAUGGCGCGGAGCCGGCGCCCGUCGAGGAGUCCGAGGCGCGGCCGGACGGAGAGGGGUCUCCGGGUAAGGCACGGCCGGCGUCCGCCCGCAGGCCAGCGGCUGCUGCGCCGGCGGACCGGGACGACCGAGGGCCCCCCACUAGCGUGGCGGCGCUCAGAUCCAACUUCGAGAAGAUCCGCAAGGGACCUGCCCAGCCCGGCUCUGCCGACGCCGAGAAGCCCUUCUACGUGAACGUCGAGUUCCACCACGAGCGCGGCCUGGUGAAGGUCAACGACAAAGAGGUGUCCGACCGGAUCAGUUCUCUAGGCAGCCAGGCCAUGCAAAUGGAGCGCAAGAAGUCCCAGCAGAGCACCGGGCAGGGUCCCGGGGAAGCGCCCAGACCCCAUUAUCGCGGGCGCUCCUCGGAGAGCAGCUGCGCCCUCGACGGUGACUACGAGGAUGCAGAGUUGAAUCCCCGCUUCCUGAAGGACAACCUAAUCAAUGCCAACGGCGGCAACAGGCCCCCUUGGCCGCCCCUGGAGUACCAACCCUACCAGAGCAUCUACGUCGGAGGUAUGAUGGUGGAAGGGGAGGGCAAGGGCCCGCUCCUGCGAAGCCAGAGCACUUCAGAGCAGGAGAAGCGCCUCACCUGGCCCCGCAGGUCCUACUCUCCCCGGAGUUUUGAGGACAGCGGAGGUGGUUACACCCCGGAUUGCAGCUCCAAUGAGAACCUCACCUCCAGCGAGGAGGACUUUUCCUCUGGCCAGUCCAGCCGCGUGUCCCCGAGCCCCACCACCUACCGUAUGUUCCGGGACAAGAGCCGCUCGCCUUCGCAGAAUUCGCAGCAGUCCUUUGACAGCAGCAGCCCCCCGACGCCACAGUGCCAGAAGCGGCACCGGCAGUGCCAAGUUGUGGUGUCUGAGGCUACCAUCGUAGGUGUCCGCAAGACCGGGCAGAUCUGGCCCAGUGAUGGGGACAGCACCUUCCAGGGGGAUGCAGAUUCCUCGUUUGGAACACCACCUGGGUAUGGCUGCGCCGCAGACCAGGCCGAGGAACAGCGCCGGCACCAGGAUGGGCUGCCCUACAUCGACGAUUCACCUUCUUCCUCUCCACACCUCAGCAGCAAAGGCAGGGGCAGCCGUGAUGCUCUGGCCUCGGGAGCCCUGGAGCCCACCAAAGUGGGUGAACUGGAUUUGGAAAAGGGCUUGGAGAUGAGAAAGUGGGUUCUGUCCGGAAUCCUGGCCAGCGAGGAGACGUACCUGAGCCAUCUGGAGGCGCUGCUGCUGCCCAUGAAGCCUCUGAAAGCCGCUGCCACCACCUCCCAGCCGGUGCUGACCAGCCAGCAGAUCGAGACCAUUUUCUUCAAAGUGCCUGAGCUCUAUGAGAUCCACAAGGAGUUCUAUGAUGGGCUGUUCCCCCGUGUACAGCAGUGGAGCCACCAACAGCGUGUGGGUGACCUCUUCCAGAAGCUGGCCAGCCAGCUGGGUGUGUACCGAGCCUUUGUGGAUAACUACGGGGUGGCCAUGGAAACCGCAGAGAAAUGCUGUCAGGCCAACAGUCAGUUUGCAGAGAUAUCUGAGAACCUGAGAGCCAGGAGUAACAAGGAUGCCAAGGACUCCACCACCAAGAAUUCUUUGGAAAAUCUGCUCUACAAGCCUGUGGACCGGGUGACAAGGAGCACGCUAGUCCUUCACGACUUGCUAAAGCACACUCCAGCCAGCCAUCCCGACCAUUCCCUGCUGCAGGACGCCCUCCGCAUCUCACAGAACUUCCUGUCCAGCAUCAAUGAGGAGAUCACACCCCGUCGGCAGUCCAUGACGGUGAAAAAAGGAGAGCACCGGCAGCUGCUGAAGGACAGCUUCAUGGUGGAGCUGGUGGAGGGGGCCCGCAAGCUGCGCCACAUCUUCCUAUUCACCGACCUGCUCCUUUGCACCAAGCUGAAGAAGCAAAGUGGAGGCAAAACCCAGCAAUAUGACUGUAAAUGGUACAUUCCGCUCACGGACCUCAGCUUCCAGAUGGUGGAUGAAUUGGAGGCAGUACCCAACAUCCCUCUGGUGCCAGAUGAGGAACUGGAUGCCUUGAAGAUCAAAAUCUCCCAAAUCAAGAGUGACAUCCAACGAGAGAAGAGAGCAAACAAGGGCAGCAAGGUCAUGGAGAGGCUGAGAAAGAAGCUGUCAGAGCAAGAGUCGCUGCUGCUGUUAAUGUCCCCCAGCAUGGCCUUCAGGGUACACAGUCGCAAUGGCAAGAGUUACACAUUCCUGAUCUCCUCCGACUAUGAGCGAGCCGAGUGGAGAGAAAGCAUCCGGGAGCAGCAGAAGAAAUGUUUCAAGAGUUUCUCUCUGACGUCGGUGGAGCUGCAAAUGUUGACCAACUCGUGUGUAAAACUUCAGACUGUUCACCACAUUCCACUGACCAUCAACAAAGAGGAUGAUGAGUCUCCUGGGCUCUACGGCUUCCUGAAUGUCAUCGUCCACUCGGCCACUGGGUUUAAACAGAGUUCAAAUCUGUACUGCACUCUGGAGGUGGAUUCCUUUGGGUAUUUUGUGAAUAAAGCAAAGACUCGAGUCUACAGGGACACGACAGAGCCGAACUGGAAUGAGGAGUUUGAGAUAGAGCUGGAAGGCUCCCAGACCCUGCGGAUACUCUGCUAUGAAAAGUGUUACAACAAGAUGAAGAUCCCCAAGGAAGAUGGCGAGAGCGCAGACAAGCUCAUGGGGAAAGGUCAGCUCCAGCUGGACCCCCAAACCCUACAGGACAGAGAGUGGCAACGGACUGUCAUCGACAUGAAUGGGAUUGAAGUGAAACUCUCCGUCAAGUUCACGAGCAGGGAGUUCAGCUUGAAGAGAAUGCCUUCCCGCAAACAGACAGGGGUCUUCGGUGUCAAGAUCGCUGUGGUCACCAAGAGAGAGAGGUCCAAGGUACCUUACAUUGUGCGCCAGUGUGUGGAGGAGAUCGAGCGCCGGGGCAUGGAGGAGGUGGGCAUCUACCGAGUGUCUGGAGUGGCCACAGACAUCCAGGCACUGAAGGCGGCCUUUGACGUCAAUAACAAGGACGUGUCAGUGAUGAUGAGUGAGAUGGACGUGAAUGCCAUUGCUGGCACGCUGAAGCUCUACUUCCGUGAGCUGCCGGAACCCCUCUUCACUGAUGAGUUCUACCCUAACUUCGCAGAGGGCAUUGCUCUUUCAGACCCUGUUGCAAAAGAGAGCUGCAUGCUCAACUUGCUGCUGUCCCUCCCAGAAGCCAACCUGCUGACCUUCCUUUUCCUUCUGGACCACUUGAAAAGGGUGGCUGAAAAGGAGACGGUGAACAAGAUGUCCCUGCACAACCUCGCCACAGUCUUUGGCCCCACGCUGCUUCGACCUUCAGAGAAGGAAAGCAAGCUCCCUGCUAACCCCAGCCAGCCCAUCACCAUGACUGACAGCUGGUCCCUGGAGGUCAUGUCCCAGGUCCAAGUGUUGCUGUACUUCCUGCAGCUGGAGGCCAUCCCUGCCCCCGACAGCAAGAGACAGAGCGUCCUGUUUUCCACGGAAGUCUAAAGGCCUGGCGUCAGUCGUCUCAUUAAGAGGUCCACAGAAUGACCUGGAAACCUGUGACAAGAGACUCCAUCCUCGGAGUGGGAAUGGGACCCUUCUUGUGGUGUAAUUUAACCAUUCCCAAGCUCUGGGCCAUCCGCCAAGAGACAAGUACCCAAAGCAAAAGGCCAAGGGGGCCUACACAAAUCAUCCGGGUGUGUCUGCAAGUCCCAGGCUGGCCCCAGACUGUACUCUUUCCUUGUUGCCACCAGAGGGCGCCCCAGGCCAGCCCAUCUGCCAGCCUGCAUACGAGGGAAAGGUGGCUGGCGGAGAGAGUGGUUUUUACGAAAUCUAAUUUAUCAGAGUUAAAAAAAAAAAAAUCUCUACUGGAUCAUUUGUUCCAAUGCACCCUCUCUGGGGAAUAGGGACACCACCAGAUCCCUCACUCUUGUGUCUUGAAUAAACACUGCUGCUGCUUCA